GUAUUAUAUACUUUUAUCUCAUAGAUAUAUUCAUAGAUCAUUUGAAUAUAUGACAUACUGGUAGAAUUAAUUAAACAAUCAGAGAAUAUUUGCUGACUAAUUCACAAAUUGCCACUUGUGAAUUUCGUGUUUUUUACGAGUACCGCUUUUAUAAGUCUGUUAUGUUACAUAAUAGUUGUUUAAUAAUGGAUAAUAAUUGCAUGCUGAUUGUUUUAUGAUCGAAUUUAAAGGAAGGUUUCUAUGCUGGCUCGUUUGUAGUCGCCGCGAUUUCGAGCGGAAUAUACGUAAUUUAGUGCGGUAAUUUGUUGGUGAAAUAAAGAAAAUGCGAGUGGGCAUCAUAGGAGCUGGUGCAGCCGGAUUGACUUCGGCUCGCCAUGUUAUUCAGAACGGUUUCCAAUGCGACGUUUUUGAAAUAUCCGACAAAAUCGGUGGAGUUUGGGUUUACACAGAUCGCGUAGGUCACGAUGAAUACGGAUACCCCGUAUACUCGGCCAUGUAUCAAAACCUCAGGACUAAUCUGCCCAAGGAAGUUAUGGGAUUCCCGGAUUUUCCUGUACCCGAUAAGGAGAAGUCCUAUUUAACUCAAAAAGAAGUUCUGCAGUUUUUGAACCAAUACGCGGAUUAUUUCGAAUUGAGGCAACACGUGAAAUUCAAUUGUAUGGUAACCAACGUUCGUCCUCUACCUAAUAACAAAUGGGAAUUAACGCACGUUUUCAAACAUACUAAUGAAGUCUCCACUAAUGAAUACGAUGCAAUAAUGGUAUGCAACGGCCAGUAUAACGAACCCUUCGAACCUACCAUUGAAAAUGUAGAUAAUUACUCAGGGGAGGUAAUACACAGUCACAUAUACCGUUCGGCAGAAAAAUACAAAGAUAAACGGAUACUGACUGUGGGAGCUGGUCCUUCGGGGCUCGAUUUGACUUUGCAAGUCGCCAAAUUCGCGAAAAAAGUUUAUUUCAGCCACCAUUUCGAGAAGGCAUCCAUUACCAAAUUUCCUCCUAACGUCGAGCACAUAACUGACGUAAAGCGAAUCGUCGGAGACAAAACCGUAGAGUUCGCGAACGGUUCUCGUCACGACAUCGAUGUCAUAAUACUAUGUACGGGGUACAGGUUCAAAUUUCCGUUUCUAGACGAGUCUUGCGGAAUCAGGAUAGACGAUAAAUUCAUACAGCCGCUCUACAAGCACAUGAUACACUUGGAGAAACCGACUAUGUGCUUUAUCGGGAUACCGUACAACGUUUGCACGUUCCGCAUGUUCGAUUUGCAGGCGAGGUACUAUUGCGAGUAUUUAAAAGGAUCGAUGAGCCUUCCUUCCACGGAGGAAAUGAGACGCAUCACCGACGAGGAAAUGCAGAAAAGAUGGGCGGCUGGCUUGUCGAAGAGAGACUCGCACAUAAUGAACGAGUACCAGGAGGACUAUUUCAACGACCUGGCGAAAGAGGCGAACAUCGAAACGAUUUCCCCUGUUUAUGUUAAAUUGUACGACAUGAGCAUAAUGAAAUUGUACACUGAUUUGAUGAAUUUUAGAGAGAUUAAUUACAGAGUUAUCGACGAUGAAAAUUAUACUGUAGUUAAUUAGAUAUUUCUGUAUUACUGUGAAAUAAAAAGACUUAUUAACACUAUGUAUGUGUAUUACCAAAUAAUUAUUAUUGAUAAUCAUAUAUUAUCAUGAGUAUGUAGUAAAAUUUGAAUAAUACAUAAUAAAAACAAUUC